GAUAAGAUUCGAAAAUACGCCAGAUCCAAUUUAAUGAAUAGGUAAAUAGAUAAAUGUUUGUUGUUACGUGUAUCAAAGUUACACGUAUGUUUUUGUAUGCGUUUGGUGGUUAGAUCGAUGAUGUGCAUAACAACUUGUGUUAUGUGUGAAUUCGAAUUGUGGCAUUUGAAUGAUGAAGCCAGUAGUGUUGACAUGUUAUAUCUACGUAGAAUGUUUAUUUAUUUUAUUUCGAAGUGUUUUUGUAUUCAAAUUUUCGAAGAAGUUUUUUGAUAUGUGAAGAUUGUGAAUAAUCAGCGUAUUUUCGUUCGUGUGUGAUCUCAUACUUUAAAGUCGCGUAUACCCAGAUUCGAUUCCUUCAAGAUGGCCGAUGACAUAGAAGACUACCCGUUCAGUUUCAUGAACCAGCCAUCAUCGCUCCAGCUGCUAGCAUCGUCUGAAAUAGCCUUAACAUUAUGGCAAUUCAAAUAUUCAAAUUCGACUAAUCCCACUCUCAGCUCGUUCUUGCAGAAUAAAAACUUCAGCUGCGAAGAAAUGCUCGUCGUUCCGCCUCGUUUCAAAGUCAAAAUCGACGAAAGAAUCGCCACGAUUCCGGCCGAGCUGAAAAGAUGGAUCGACUUUCACGGGAAGCAGGCUUUCUUCGAUGGUGAUUUUCGAGACGCGUUUUCCAAGAGUUUUAACCUUAUGGCCCUCGAUUCCUGUGGCGGUAUUUGUUUCAAGGCGACGGCGAUAAACAUCCUGAAUUCGAACCUGUUCAACAACAUAGAGAAGUAUAAAUUAGCUUGCGAGUUUUGUAUCGAAGACCACGUCAGAAAAUUAUGGCCUUUUGUAGCGAAUGAUGCGCGAGUCGGUGAAAAUCUCAACAUCGAUAAACACAGUUUGAUUCUUUACUGGAAUCGACGAAUGAAAUCGAGAAAAACCACCCUCAAGGAUACCCUAUCGGUUAAAACGCGAUUGGAAAACACCCGGAAGGCGAGUAAUUGGCCAGCAUUCGAGUAUUUUUGGAACACACACUCGACAGAUCGAGAAAAAUUGCCUGUGGCUGUUGCAUCCGUAAAACGAGCCAAUGAUGAAGCUAUCAAGCAUACGUUACCUUCGUUGAACCGUAUCUUGGCUACGAAAGUGUUCGAAGAUGCAGCCUCUCAAAUUUUACGUCUUUUGGUCCCCAACGAGGAGUAUUUCCAGCACGUGCAUCAAUUUUGGACCGUUGUCGAACAUACAGUCUACGAAAAGGAGCCCAGGUUGUUCCAGGUUUUACACGAGUUGUGGAAAAUGGUAUUCAACCCUAUCGAUAUCAAGCUUGGCUUGAAUAAUACUCGAUGCGAACAAAUCAACGAGUUUUUGAUGGAAAUCUGGUCCAAAGCUACGGAUAACUUGAAGUACGAUGUUUCGAAUCGCCACGUAGGAGAUUUUUUCCACCGAUUGUCGACUUCUUCGGCCGCAUUUCCGAGUUGUUACGGUCAUAAUAUGGAUUUCAUGUUGGAUCUGCUCGACAAAUGGCGUUACUUGAAUAAAGAACAGAUUUGGCAUAAGAAUUGGCGUAAAUUAAUCCUACGAGCCAAGCCUGAGUAUUUGGAGCGAUUCCUCGACGUAUUUUUACCGGACGACGAUGACGUUGAAAAACUCAAAAAGGAAUUGCUGGCUUGUAAACGUAUUUUCGAGUUAUUGAUCAAGCACGGCAUGUAUUCGGAUUUGAAAUAUUAUCUGAAUUUUUGCUCGAAGGAUAAGAGUCAGUUUCAGCAGCAGGGUAAACGACUACUCAGGUUGCACUUUGACCUGAUCAUGUUCCACGAUGACGAGAAAUUCGCCAAAUUCGACGAAUUCGUCGCCGAAAUAUUUUCAAAUGUGAGAAAAGAUAUCGAAGCGUUCAAAUUCGCGUCCAUGUCAUCCCCUAAAAAUCUGGAUCGUUUGCACGAAGCUUUCAAUAAAGAUCGUUCUACGGAUUUCAAGAGAAUAAUUGGUCGAUUUGUAACUUCAGAGCGGAAAUUAAAGUCCAUGAAAGGCAAAUUUUUAAACCAUUGUAGGCUAUACGCGAAUCGUACCCAAUACUUUGGCAACUUUCAAUUUCACGCUGACCAGUGGCAAGAGUUGACUGAAUGGUGUACUGCGAACGAGGAAGAAAUGACAGCCUUUAAGCAGUCUUUGAAUAUCGAUGCGAUUUUUCUAAAACGUCUUGCUGAUGUUCGAUACUUUCGUGUUUGGAAUCUGGAAGAUAGUUUUCGAUUUUUCGAUGGGUUUUCCAAAUGGUAUUUUGCUAGCGAAGCGGAUCGAAUAGAUUUCAAGUUACAGAAGAUAGCUAAUUACGAGCAAAUCGAGCAUAUUCAUGCUAUGCUCAGUAAUCCUUCUUAUCGUAGCACGAUGCAUCGUUUGCUAAUGUGGUUUUUCGAUAACGAUGCGGAGAAGGUGCGCGAAUUUUGUAAAAAAUGUAAGAUUAGUCCGCCAUCGCAACCGGCGAUUCAUAGAUUCAAUCCACAAGUCAUCGCUAAUUUUUUUGAGUGAUUUUAGAUAGGAAUUCGAUGAUUAGAAAAUUAUUUUUCGACAGAAGUAAACUACUCAUAUAUUUAACAUUCAAUGUAUUUUAUUUUUUUUAAUCGGUUGUUUCGAGUAUUUUUAAUGUUUUAUUUUUUGUAGCUGAAAUUAAUGUGAAUCGUCGUUUAUUUAUUAUUAGAUUUUUUCUUUUUGUUUUAAGUUCAUAUUUUGUGAUCUUAUUUUACAAUUUUUAAAAUUCUUUAUUGAGUUGUUUUUUUUCUCGUAUUAAUUAAAUAAUCUACGUUUGGAUUUA